AUGUCGGAACCCACGGAGCCCCAUUCGAGGCGUCAUCUCGCCCACAAAGUCUUGGAAGAACUUGGUCUUGUAUCACUCUAUCGAUCAAGCAAAGAUGUCAAGAUCCUUUGCGCACAGAGAUUCAUCCGUCUUUUUGCCUAUGGUGGAUCUACCUUAGUUCUUGUAGCAUACCUGCGAGAACUCGGCGUAUCGACAACCCGUGUCGGCUUGUUUAUGACCUUGACGUUGGUUGGUGAUAUCAUCAUCAGCUUCCUGCUUGCACUAUUCGCUGAUGGUGUUGGUCGACGCGCAGUCUUGGCCCUGGGAGCAAUCUUGAUGACUGCGAGUGGAAUUGUGUUUGCCACCUCUAGCAAUUACUGGAUUUUACUUGCUGCUGCAAUCUUGGGUGUCAUCAGUCCUGGUGGCAACGAAAUCGGACCCUUCCGCGGCGUUGAAGAGAGCAUCAUUGCCCAUCUUACUGAUGCAGCUCGGCGAGGCGAUGUCUACGCUUGGUACAGUCUCUCCGGCACGGCUGGCGGCGCCUUUGGUCUUUUAACCUGCGGUUGGAUUAUUCAUCACAUGCGUGUCAAUCUCGGCAUGGAUGUUGUUGAAGUGUACCGUGACGUCUUCUAUGGAUACUCUGUGAUGGGAGUCCUGAAGUUGAUCUCGGCCAUCAUCUUGAGCUCUGCAGUCGAAGUCCACCAUGAGACCGAGCAAGGAUCUCCAGCGGACAACGGCGAACAAGCACCUCUGCUUCCCGACAACGCUCAAGCCCAAGGCGCCGAUCAGCCUCAGCCCAAGAAACAACUUCGAGCUCGAAUUUCUCGUGACAGUAUCCCGACUGUCGUGACCCUUUGCACUCUCUUAGCUUUGGACAGCUUUGCUUCAGGACUGGCUCCUCUCUCAUGGAUCACUUACUACUUCAAAUCCUACUACCAUAUCGAGGAAGGGAAGCUAGGUUCUAUCUUUUUCACCACGAGCAUCAUCGCCGCUGCAUCGAUGUUGGUAGCAUCUUCUCUUGCCAAGCGGUUUGGCAAUGUUCGAACUAUGGUAUUUACUCACCUUCCAUCAGCGGUCUUCUUGGCUCUGGUCCCCAUCCCCAACGAUGUCCACCUAUCGGUUCUCUUCCUGAUUCUACGAUCUUGCACUCAGUCAAUGGAUGUUGCACCCCGCUCAGCUUUCCUCGCCGCUAUAAUUAAACCAAAGGAGCGAACAGUCGUCAUUGGUCUUAUCAACGUAGCCAAGACAACUUCUCAGAGUCUUGGACCUCUCAUCACAGGACUGCUGGCGGAUUCGAACUAUUUCUGGGUCUCUUUCAUCAUGGCUGGAUCUCUAAAGGUAUGCUAUGACUUGGGAUUCCUUGGACUCUUCAAGCAUCAUGAACACGUGGAAGCAAAGCGAAGCCACGAGGAGGAGGGAAGCCAGUGA